UUUAAUAAAUUUCAAACAUGACUUUAUGUCGGCCAACUUAAUUUUCAUAUUUAUUAAACAAAAAAUAAUUGGAAAAUAUUGUAAAAAAUGAGUGAAAAUAUCAUAGCGAAAAAAGAGCCAAAACCAGUUGAAACAUUAAUUCUCGCUAAUUGUGGAGCUAAAAAAGAUUGUAAAAAUAAUAAAUCAAAAAAGGAUUUACCAAUUUUAAAGAAAGAAGAUGAAAAAAUUAUAACGAAAGUUAUGACUAUUAUUGAAGGCUAUGAUUGGAAUUUGGUGCAGCCAGAAAAAAAAAGUUCAUCAGAAGUAAAAAAAGAACACAUUAAACGUCCGAUGAAUGCGUUUAUGGUAUGGGCACAAGCAGCAAGAAAAGUUAUGUCUAAACAGCAUCCACAUUUGCAAAAUUCAGAAUUAAGUAAAUCAUUAGGAAAGCUAUGGAAGGGACUCGAUAAAGCUGAUAGACAACCCUUUAUUGAUCAUGCAGAAAAACUUCGCGCCAAUCACAAGCAAGAACAUCCUGAUUACAAAUAUCAACCCAGAAGAAAAAAAUCUAAACUUAUGAACAGCAUAAAUUUGAAUCAUGGCUCAGCAAGCAUUUCAAUAAAUAGUGAUGCUGUUACAAAUAAUUUUGUGAAACAUAAUCAUCAGCAAAAAAUAAAUUCAAAAAAUGAAAUCGCUAAAAUCCCUGUAUCUUUAAGUGCUGUAGCAACAUCAUCAGGAAUGAUAGUAUCCGUACCAGAAAUUUCAUCUGCAAAUAGGAAACCUUAUAAUACACUUAAUAAUCGUAGUGAUAAAAGUAAGAAAGCAAAUGCAUUAUCUGAUUUUAGUCCAAAUUCUUCUUUUAACGGCAUCUCUAAGGAAAAUUUAAAUAAACCUUGUAACACCCUUAAUAUAAUAACUAAUAUAAAUGAACAAAAAACGCUUAAAACAAAGUUGCCAAGUGAUAAAAAUGAAGAUGAAAAUAAACAAAAUCCAUACACUACAAAUACUGUUAUUUCAAAUUUUACGAAUUCCUCCAAUAAUGAAAAUCCUGUUCUCUCUGAUGAAGGAACAAGUAAUAAAGUUUUGGGAUGUGCUACUGGUUAUGAAGAUUCUUUAUGGAAAAGAAUUGAUAUAAAAACUCCAGAUAUAAUAAGAAAAUUAGAUUAUAUUAGACAAAUUGAUUCUCCAUGUUCUACAUCAAGCUCAUUACUCUCAAUCAAUGAAGUACAUCCAUUAACUCCUCCUGCAACUCCAUACGCAAUAUCAACACUUACGAAUAUUGGCACUAGUAAUAUUCCUUUAUCAACUGUAGCAUCAUCAACCUUAUUAACGAAACGGAUAUCUCCUGAAUUACGUAGUACGCCAAAUUCAAAUCAACCUUACGUUUUGUCGAACCAAUUGGAACCACAUAACAGUACCUAUAGUGAAUUUGAAAGAAUAGCUGCAACAAUUCAAACUCCAUCUAUAUCAUCCUCAUCAGCAGGGUCAUCAUUAGAUAGUCAAUCAGUUUUUCCUCUCAAUUAUGAAUCUUAUUUAACUUAUAAUAAUCCAUUUCAAAAAUCAAAUAAUAGUAUGUAUUCAGAUAUUUAUGUAAAACCAUCCUUUAUACAACAUUACCAUCCUCAAGUUUCCACAUAUGGUCAACAUGAAAAUAUUCAUGAUUGUAAUUCUUCAUCUUCAACAAAUAAUAAUGUAUUAACAUCAUACGCUCAAUGUGCCAUAACACCGUCAAUGAUUCCAGUCACAUCAAGCACUUAUAUAAAUUAUUCAAGCCAAUCAAAUCAUCAUCAGCAGCAGCAGCAUCUUUCAAGUAAUUUACAACAAUCAAUGCAAUCAACAGCUUCAAAUCAUUUGAUGCAAAAUUUUUUGGCGCCAAUCGAUACAGAUUAUGUUGAUCCCAAAGAAAUCGACCAAUAUUUAGAAGAUGCAUCUUCAUCGUCAUUAACAGCUGCAAUGCAUCAUCAACAAAAUCAAAUCCAUAGCUCUAUGAAAAUUCCAACAUGCCAUAUAUGCACUGGAUCAGCUUCAGCUAUAACGACAACAACAACAAAAACUUUAAAUAAAAUAAAAACCUCAAUGACAGGAACAAUUAUACCACCAAGUUCAUUGUUAUUUAAUAAAAUUCAUGAGAAUAACUUGUUAGAAUUACAACGUGUUGACAAUAAAUGCAUGAAUGAAAAUUUUAAUAAAACAAAUUUAGCGAACGUUCAAGGCGCCAUACAAAUUUUAAAUCAUUCAACUGGCACAAAUCUUUCAGAUGGUAACAAUAAUGAUAAUGAUGAUGACGAUGACAAUGAUGAAGAUGAUGCCAAUGAAAAUUCUCACAAUAAAGAUAAUAUUAAUGGUAAUAGUUAUAAUAAUGAUAAAGUUGAUUAUUAUCAAUCAGUGAAUAAUCAUAUUAUAGAAUCAGCAAAUUCAACAAAUUAUCCUUAUGCAACAUGGAAUUAUAAUAAUUCAUAG